UGUUCUUGUUUUGGAAAAAGGCUGUUUUUGAAUGCAUUUCCUUCUUUCUAGGCCCAAUUCCGUCUUGAGGCUCCGGUUUAAUCACUUUGCAACCGAAUGCAGCUGGGAUCACCUCUACGUGUACGAUGGAGACUCCAUCUACGCUCCGUUACUGGCUGCUUUUAGCGGCCUGAUCGUUCCCGAACGGGAGAGUAACGAGACGGUCCCCGAAGUCACGGCCACCUCCGGCUACGCACUCCUGCACUUCUUCAGUGACGCCGCCUACAACCUGACAGGGUUCAACAUCACCUACCACUUUAACAUCUGCCCCCAGAACUGCUCUGGCAGAGGGGAAUGUCGGCCUGUCAAUGGCAGCCAAGCAGUGGAAUGUGAGUGUUGGGAACAUUGGAAAGGAGAGGCCUGUGAUAUUCCCAACUGCCCGGAAGACUGUGGCUUUUCGGAAAGGGGUCAGUGCAGCGUGAACGGAACUCAGGGCUGCGUCUGUUACCCCGGUUGGCAAGGCGUCGACUGCUCAGUUCCCGUUCCAGCCAAUCGCUCCUUUUGGACCCGGGAGGAAUUCUAUAUCCCCAAACUCCCACGAGCGUCUCACAAAGCCGUGGUGCAAGGCAACCUCAUGUGGGUGAUCGGUGGCUACAUGUUCAACCACACGGACUCUCAGAUGGUCUUGGCGUAUAACCUGGAGUCCAGAGAAUGGAUGAGCCUGGGCAGUAGCGUGAACACCGUGGGGAUCAGAUAUGGGCAUUCAAUAGCCUUACACGAAAACAAAAUCUACAUGUACGGAGGCAAGAUCGACGAAACCGGCAACGUAACCACAGAGCUCUGGGUCUUCCACAUCUCCAACCAUUCCUGGGUCCCCCUGUCGCCAAAGGCCAAGGAGCAGUACGCCGUGGUGGGCCACUCCGCCCACAUAGUCACCCUGCAGGACGGCGCGGCGGUGAUGCUGGUGCUCUUUGGGCAUUGCCCUCUUUACGGCUAUAUCAGCAACGUGCAGGAGUACAAUCUCGGUGAGCGUCGUCCGGUCGUGACUUUCACUCUUGU